GCACCAUCGUGAAGUGUCGAAAACUCGCUAGGCAUGCUGCCGAUACAGCUGCCUAGCUCCUUCAAUUCCUACAUAUAUAAGCAUUUCAUUUCAAUGGGCAUCUCCAGUGAUUUUCUCCUCUUCAGGUAUAUGGUGUUGGAUCGAUCCAUCCUGUUUCAAGCUGUAGACAAGGGGAGUUCAGGUCGACUAAUUAAUUAAGCAUGGACAGCAACAGCAAGUUCUUCGUUCAUGGCUUCAUCUUUCUCCUCCUCCUCUGUUCUUUCCGAGAGGCAGUGGUGGAGGUGGAAGGGAGGACGUGCGAGUCGCAGAGCAGGAGGUUUGAUGGAGUGUGCGUGAGGGAUAACAGCUGCGCGAUGGUGUGCAGGGUGCUUGAGGGUUAUGAAGGCGGCCAUUGCAGGGGAUUCCGUCAUCGCUGCUUCUGCACCAAGCGCUGUUGAACCUUAAUUACUGCCACUACUUUCUAUAUAUAAACACACACACACACACACACUAGUCACUGCUACUAGAAGUUAAUUACUAUUAUAUAUACCUUGUUCCUGUGGUGUCUCCAUCUCUGAAAGUUUCUCGAUCGUUGUGCCGAUCGACACGAAUAAUAUUUGUUCUAUUCCGAUUGCACUAUAAUACAUAGACGACAUGAAUAUUGGACAA